GCAAACAGCAGACAGCAGACAGCGAACAUUGAACAGCAAGUCGACGACAGGUUGACACUCGACUGGUGGAUCUGCGACGACGACGGGUUGAUACGCUGCAGGCUGUCUUCAUAAACAAGAAAGCGGAAUACGAUAUACUGCCAAAGCGACAUACAGAACACAAUAAUACGAUAUACUUCCCAAUAGACAUACCACAACACUAUGAAUGCAUAUAUUUCCUCGCCGCGACAACAUGGCGUGCCGGCCUUUGGAGGCAUACAUGCUGGACGAAGCGAAGGGUUCAGAAUGCCUCAGUUUUUCAAACGGUUAUUCAAGCUCUCGCAGAUGGACUUUGAAAUGGCCGUGUGGGAAAUGACGAGAUUGAUUGUUGCACCGAAAAAGGUCUUUCGGUCGGUGUAUUAUCAUAAACAAACAAAAAAUACUUGGCAUCGACCGGACCCGUCAUUUACAUAUCUCUUGUCCUUUUUUCUCCUCUUGACCGCCCUCGCGUGGGGUCUCGCAUACACGUCAUCCGCAACAGGAGUAGUCCGUCUUACGCUCGUCUUCAUAUUUGUACAUUUCCUCGGCGUGUCGCUGCUGGUCUCGACAAUCGCCUACUUUCUCGCUGGACGAGUAUUGGGAAACACAAUUGCCGGACUGCCUGGCCGGAGAAGGCAAGGCCUGUUUGAGCCCCGAGGCGGCGAUCAGCUCGAAUUCGGAUACUGCUUUGAUGUUGCGAUCCGCGCAUAUUUCCCCGUGUGGGUCUUUCUCUAUGUCGUGCAGUUCUUUAUGAUGCCGUUAUUAUCCAAGGAUUACUGGAUAUCCAUUUUCCUCGGCAACACCAUUUACCUUGUUGCCGCUGGGUAUUACACGGUCAUCUCGUUUCUGGGAUAUAACGCGCUCCCUUUCCUUCACCACACUGAACUUCUACUCUUCCCCAUCGUGGUGUACCUUGUGCUCUGGCUCGUCAGCCUCAUUGGCGGCUUCAACAUUGCACGACACGUGGCACCUGCAUUCCUGGCCGGCGCAAGAGGAUAGUGAAUGGAUAUUAGUCCUGGCUCGAUCACUUGGGUGUGUCAUUCAACAGAUCCAUAUCACGGCCUUUCCGUAAGCUGCUCCUCGAAAACGGGUCAUAUGACA